UAAUGAUCAGUUCUUCCACGGCAGUGCAACAUUAGGGGACUAGUAGGAAGUGGAACAUUUUAAUAUAUAUUUUAGGUUCGUUUUAGCUUUAUAAUUCUUAAAUUUCUAUAUCCUAGCUGUUUUCAAAAUCAACACAACCGUGUCAACUAACUGAGAAGUGUUUUCCGACAGGUCUAUGAAGCUUUGUUAUGGCAGCAAAUACUGGAAUUACUACGGUUGUCCAGCAACCUGUGACCGAACCGGUAACGUUCAAAAUUCGUCAACCCCUUAAGAGGAGCUCUGUGAAAUCCACCGCCAUAGUCCAAAUUGUUUUUGCGACCUUUUGCAUAAUUUUGGGAUUCUGGAUAGCUGCAACAAAUAUUACCAAUGAAAGAAGAAGAAAUGCAGGCAUUUCUCUUGUGACUUUAAGUAUAUGGCUGUACAUUCCUUCAGGAGCAGUCGGUCUACGAGCAGCCUCCAACAAUAACAUAUGUGCAGUGGUGGCUUAUCAGACGAUGUCCUUAUUCGGUUGUAUCACCUCUGUUUCUCAGUCACUGUACUUUUUUAUACAAAUCUUCGUGCCACGCAAAUUGGUUUCAGAUAUUUUUACGUUCAUUUGCACUUUAGCCGUAUGUAUUGCUGCUGGCAGAGGAACAAGCAUAGUCCAAAAAUCUACUGGCUGCUGUUGCGCAAAGUAUCCCGCUCAAACAGAGCCGGUAUGCCAGCUUUUACAAUAGUAACA